GAUGCGUCUACUCAAGUACAAUAGCGAUUCCGAACCCAUUCUAGUCGAGUACUCGAAUGAUGAAAAUGUGCCCCCGUACGCUAUUCUUUCCCAUACCUGGCAGGAGGGUCAAGAGGUGACGUUCGGGGAGUUGAUGAGUGGCAACGGGAAAGACAAGGCUGGCUACAGCAAAAUACUAUUUUGCAUACAACAAACUCAGCGUGAUGGCCUAGAUUAUUGCUGGGUAGAUACAUGCUGUAUCGACAAAUCCAGCAGCGCUGAGCUUACAGAAGCGAUUAACUCUAUGUUUCGCUGGUAUCAGAAAGCUCAAAGAUGCUACGUGUAUCUGAGCGAUGUUCCGGGUGUAAACACAGCCGGGAAUGUCAGCCAUGUUCAAGAGUUGGAUUCGCAGAAAGAUGAUGGAAUUUCGCAAAGCUGGGAGUCAGAGUUCAGACGGAGCAGAUGGUUUACUCGGGGAUGGACACUUCAAGAACUCAUCGCCCCAGAAUCAGUCGAGUUCUUCAAUCAGGAAUCGAAAUGGCUAGGCGACAAAAAGUCGCUCGAGCUCGUGAUCCACAGCGUUACCGGAAUACCCAUAGAAGCUCUCAGGGGAAGCCCCUUGCGCGAUUUUAGUGAGCAAGAUCGAUUCUCUUGGGCAGCAACACGUCAAACCACACGCCAGGAGGAUUGGGUAUAUUCUCUAUUAGGCAUUUUCGACAUACAAAUGCCGCUCUUAUAUGGCGAAGGGAGUGAAAAGGCGAUGAGACGACUACGGAAGGAGAUCAGGGAGGCAGUGAUGGAUCUACCUUCCGUUUUGACCCACAAUCUUCACUCCCGUGACCGGCACACCGAUGAUGAAUUAGAAAGAAUACGCAGGUGGCUGUCUGCACCAGAUCCUUCUUCUAAUUACCAACGGGCGCUCAAGCAACGUCAAGAAUCCACUGGGCUCUGGUUUCUCGAGAAUGAUCAGUAUGUCGAGUGGAAGACAACUGCUGCAUCAUUCGUGUGGCUACAUGGCAUCCCAGGGUGCGGAAAGACUGUCCUCCUCUCGACUGUACUUGAAAACGUGCUGAAUUAUUGCGGCAACGACACUGAAUAUGUGGUUGUAUACUUCUUCUUUGACUUCAAAGAUGUACAGAAACAAAACACGAAACUCAUGGUACAGUCUCUGAUCUGGCAGCUUUUGCAGCGGUGUACUGAAACCCCAACGAGCAUCACGACGUUUUUCUCGUCUUUCGAAAUUGGAAAGCAAGAACUUCCGUUAGGUGCGCUCCUGGAAGUGUUACAUAAGAUAAUACAGGAGUUUCCACGCAUCUAUAUAGUUCUUGAUGCCCUUGAUGAGUGCUCAGACCGGGUUGAGUUGUUGGGUGUGCUCGACGAUAUAUCCACUUGGCAGCUCAAAAACCUACACAUCCUCCUUACCAGUCGCCGAGAGCGAGACAUCGAAGCGGUUUUGAACACAUUCGUCGAUCAGCAAAACAUAGUAUGCCUACAGAGUGAGUUAGUAGACAAAGAUAUCGAAAGAUAUGUGCAGCAACGACUGCUCGAUGAUACCCAAUUGGUUAAAUGGGCGAAAGACGUUACUCUUAGGCAUGAGAUUGAGUUGACUAUUAUGAGGGGAGCACAGGGAAUGUUUCGCUGGGCCGUCUGCCAGCUAGACGCAUUGCAGAACUGUCGCACUCGGGCAGCACUGCGAAGAACGCUCGCAACACUUCCUUUGACGCUGGAUAAAACUUAUGAUCGCAUUCUUUCGUCUAUCAGUGAAGAUGAUGCUCCGUAUGCUGUUUCUAUUCUACGGUGGCUAGCAUUUUCGCGUCGGCCACUGUCGCUAGGCGAGGUUUCUGAGAUAGUAGCCAUUACUUUGGAAGAUGAAGCCAGAUUCGAUCGCGACGAAAUUCUGGAAGACCCAUUUGAUGUUCUCAACAUCUGCUCCAGUCUUGUGACUCUAUAUCCUACCAAUACUAGUGGAGAACAUGAAACAAUGGAUCCCACACGGCAAGUAGUUACGCUUGCGCACUACUCUGUCAAAGAGUACCUUCUUUCGGAAAGAAUCACAAAAGGCUCUGCUACACGGUAUAGUAUGCAAGAAACCGCAUGCCAUGAUUUGAUAGCGAGGAGCUGUGUUGUAUAUCUUCUUCAGUUCCGUACCGCUGACAUUCUUAGCCAAGACGAUUCGACAGAGUUCAAAUUGGCCGACUACUCAGCCCAGUUUUGGAAGAUUCAUGCUUGGGCGACUCGACAAGAGACAGAGGGAUACGUCCAGGAAGUAUUGGAUUUAAUUUCAGAAAGUGAGAGUAUUUACGCAAACUCCGUUCGGGUAUAUGAUCCAUAUGGUCCACGGGCGCACGGAGUUUUUCGCGAGAUGAUCACCAUGCCAUUACACUUCGCUAGCAAAGAGGGGUUGACAAAGAUAGUCGAGAAACUGAUCGAGAAAGGCGCCGACGUGAACUCUCAGGCAGAACACUUUGAUGAUAGUACUGCGAUUCAGUUGGCUGCACUAUUGGGCCAUGAAGAUAUUGUCAAGCUACUGCUUAAGAAUGGUGCUAAUGUUAAUGCAAAAGGAGGUACUCUGGGCAAUGCACUCCAGGCAGCAGUGUUUGGAAAUGAGCCAACACUUGUAGAGCUGUUGAUACAAGCAGAGGCUGAAGUUAGUAACGCACUCGUGACGGCUGUAUACGAAGACAACGAGGAAAUGACAAAGCUGCUGCUCAAGUAUGGCGCCGAUGCCAAUUUCCAGGGGGGAUGCUUCGGGAACGUGCUCUGGACGGCCAUUGUUAAUUCCUCUGUACAUCUCGUUCGACUACUUCUUGAUCAUGGUGCUGAUCCUGCGUUCAAGGAUAAGCAUGGAUGGACAACAUCUAUGGUCGCGUUCGAAACGGGCAGCAAAGAGAUACGUGACAUAUUUGGGGUCCACGAUUAUGAUUCGCUGUCUGGUCGGGACCGAUGUUUAGUCCCGAGCUCGCUCACGGUACCAAAAGACUCUGAAGUUGACAUUACAGGCAAUUCAUAUGCCAUAUCUAAAGAUGGAAAUGUACUUCUACCCGUAGUACAGAUGGUAUCAGACCAUCCAUUCUCUAUAAAUCAACGGGUGAUGUAUUUCGAAGCCACUAUCCAUGCUCUAGGAACGGGAAAUGCGUUCGGGAUAGGAAUAUCAGAUCGUGAUCUGUAUAAAACACACAUGGUGGGAUGGGGCAGAGGAACUUAUGGAUACCAUAGCGAUACUGGCGAUUUAUACUGUGAAUCGGGAGAAGGGACACGGUUUGGUGCCACUUUUGGAGUUGGUGAUGUAGUAGGUUGCGGAUCUGACAAGGACAAGGACGAAUUCUUCUUUACGAAGAAUGGGGAACGCGUCGGUUCAAUUUCCGAAGGGAGGUCGCUUCAUGGGAGACGUUUUGCGGUGGUCAGCUUGAUGAGGGGGACUUUUCAUUUUUCUGUUAAUUUCGGCCCAGGCGGGUUUGCAUAUCCUUUGUGA